CUGUUACAGGAGUGUGGUUGGCCGUUUGAGAAAAAAUACUUGUUUCUUGGAGAUUAUGUAGACCGGGGAAGGAAUUCUCUCGAAGUACUGGUACUCUUACUCGCUUUGCAGAUUCGCUUUCCAUGGCAGGUUUUCUUGCUUCGCGGCAAUCAUGAGAUAAAGUCUGUGAACAAAGCUUAUGGUUUUUAUGGUGAUUUGAGAGUAAGGUACCCGGAAGGCAACGACAGCGAUCUGAUUCUCGACGCUGUGGCAAAAGUGUACAGCCAGCUUCCCCUUGCUGCUCUGCUUUGUGGCAAAAUUCUUUGCUUGCAUGGUGGCCUCUCUCCUAAACUCCAGUCUAUUGAUGAUAUACGAAAAAUAAAGCGAGAAAUUCUUGAGAUGUGUUCCGCUACCGAUGUUCACCUAACCGGUUGUAGGGGACUGCUAGAACCAUCGGGUUUGGUCGAAGAUCUCCUUUGGUCUGACCCCUCCCCAACGUGCACUGGCUUCAAAGCAAACACUGAGCGUGGAUGUUCAUUUGUAUUUGGCUCAGAUGUUGUCGCAGAUCGCUGUCAGAAAAUGGGUAUUUUGAUGAUAGUUCGUGGACAUCAGGCUAUUGAUGAAGGUUUUGAAAUAUCACAAGAUCGAAAAGUGAUCACACUUUUUAGCGCCCCUGGAUAUCAAGACCAUUAUACAAACAAGGGAGCUGUGAUGGUGGUAUCCGCGGAUAGGACGGUUACAUUCAAGCAGUUUACAAGGCAGAAAAAAAUGGAAGGACGUCCGCGGUGGUCCUUGUUACCAAUGUCGGAAUAA